GUAAUCGUAUCUGUGGGCUGUAUGUCUACUGUCUAUAGAAUUUGUAUUGGUUUGCUUGCUUUUUGCAGUGGGGCGUUGUAAAUCAAAAGCAUUGUAAAAAAUCUAUGAAAAGAUGGGAAAUUAGCAUGGGAGUAAAUAUUGUUACAUACUGGACCCAAUAAUUACUAACCUGAAAACUGUUGUUGUAUUUAAGAUGUUUUAAAGUUAUAACAGCACUGUAAUCAGUAUCUGGCAUUUCAAAUUGGUUCCAAAGGAUAUCUACUGCUAAAAUUAAGUAAUGCCGGAGCAAAGUAAUGAUUAUCGUGUUGUAGUUUUUGGUGCGGGUGGUGUCGGUAAAAGUUCCCUUGUGUUACGAUUCGUAAAAGGGACAUUCAGAGAAUCCUACAUACCAACGAUCGAGGAUACCUAUAGACAGGUAAUAAGCAGCAACAAGACAAUAUGCACAUUACAAAUAACUGAUACAACAGGAUCACAUCAGUUCCCUGCUAUGCAAAGAUUAUCAAUCAGUAAGGGACAUGCAUUUAUAUUGGUUUAUUCUGUGAGCAGUCGACAGUCAUUAGAGGAACUCAAGCCAAUAUGGCAAACUAUAAAAGAGAUUAAGGGCACAGAGCUUCCAAAUAUACCUGUGAUGCUGGCAGGCAACAAAUGUGAUGAAAGUCCAGAGAUAAGAGAAGUAUCCGCAUCAGAAGGACAGGCCCAGGCUCAAACUUGGGGCAUUUCAUUCAUGGAAACUUCAGCUAAAACAAACCACAAUGUUACCCAACUUUUCCAGGAACUAUUGAAUAUGGAAAAGAACAGAAAUGUAUCACUUCAAGUUGAUGGGAAAGGCAAGAAAAAGAAAGAUAAAGCAACCAAAGACGGUGGAGAAGCUUCUGCAAGUGGAAGAGAGAAGUGCCGAAUCAUGUAAAUAUAAAAAGAACUCCAAUAUUAUCUAACCCCACCAAUUGUAUAACAAUAAUUCCUAGUCAUUUUGAUCCUAGUCAUUAAAUCCAUGACCCAACCACAUUAUUUACCAAAGCUAGAAUAUAAGUAUUGCCCAUAUUUGCAUUUAACGGCAACAAGUAGAAUAAUAAUUACAAUGCCUUUUAAAUAAUAUUAGUUCCCAUUGUGAUGGAGCUUAGAAGUCAUUGAAAACCUACAUAUUUUGCUAAUUGUUAGCUAUUAAUAAUUUAAUAAUGACUGACAUGACAAAGACGGGAGAAAUAUUCCAUAUAUUGUUAGUGUGAAAAUACAACGAAAUUAAGUCUUUUAGGACUUACUGUUAUUGAAUUAUACAUACUGAGCUGUUAUAUAAAACAAUAUUGCCUAUGAAACACUUUCAUAUAGUGACAAGCAUUGUAUAUUUUAAGUAUAGUUAUGUAUUAUUAUGAGAAAUCAUUUUGUAAAACAUUCCAUAUACAAAAUAAGGACCAUAAGACAGGUUUCAGUGUAAUUUACAAUUUGUUUAAAAGUUUAUUUGUUCCAAAAAUAUGUGGUGACAUAUAAAAUGAAAUGUAUAAAUUGAUACUUACAUUAGAAGAUGGGUAAUGUCAUUAUGAGAAGUUAUGUCAGUGCCAAAUAGUAGAAUUCUGUACAAAAAUUGUCAUCAAGGUCAGAAUGAUGUAAACAUAAAAAUGCAUGUAUGAUGUUGAUUGGAGACAUAAAUUUAAAAUACUGCCAAAAUGGCCAAAUUGAGUUUAUCUUUAGAUAGAUCACUAGAAGCAUUUAGUUUCAGAAGACUAUUUUGUAAUUAAAAUUGAAACAGCUAGAAUAAGGGUUCUAUUUCAUUGGGAAAACAAUGACACCAUGGUCAUAUGGCCAGUCAGGAAACGGUGUGUCUAGAGCCACCUGUGAGCCUACUCUUAAAUCCAUUUCUGAUCAAUGGACAUUGAUAUUCUGACAUUUCGUAUGAACGAAUGUUACGUUGAGUUACAACACUAGUGCAAUAUUCCAUUAAAUAUUGUAUUCAGAUUUUAAUGGAUAGGCUUGAUUGAAAUUAGCUUUAAGGGUAAGCCUGUAGGUAGGUGUUUAGAGAGCAACCAAAAUAUAACAAGAAGUUUCCCUGUGGGUGAUACGGUGAUUCAUUUUGUGUGAUGUAUGACCUUGUCACUUUACCAUGGUGGCCUAUUGAAAUAGGACUCUUAUAACCAUCCAAGUAAUUAAGCUGUAGCUGUAGCCUAUUUAAAUAUGCAAUUUAAAGUACAAUAAUAUAAUAAACAGGUACCUUACCUUACACUCUUGAUAUUUGCGUCUGUGGAGUCAAAUAGAGGUGAAUUAUACAACACUUGGUUAGUUAUAUUCUUAUGUACAGGUCAUGUGGAACAUUAGCACCUAAAUAGGAAGAAACGCUCAUAUGCACUUGACUAAUAAUAACAUACCAUUGACUUCAUUAGAGUUGGGGUAGGUACUUAGCUUAUAUAUAGGAGCUGAGGUAGAAAUAAUCUUAUUUGCUAGAAUGAAACUCAUGUUCAACUAUGACAGGACUAUGAUUAAAUAAAGAAUAAUAUUAAGCACUGUAUUAAAAUAUUCGACAAUAUAUAGCUACUUAUACUUAGGUAGGUACUGUAGCAAUCAGGAAUAAUGAUCUCGCGAUGACAUUAUCGAUUUUAAGUGCGAAAAUUAUUUGUUAUUAUUGUUCAUGGUUAAACAUUUAUCUAGAAUUUAUAAUACUUAAACGUAGCUGUCGCUAGUUAUAGAAUGCACUUUAUUUAAUAUCACUCACAUAUCCAGUUAUAUAGAUUUGUCCAUGAAAUAUAAGUAUUUAGUCGAUUAUCACUGUACAAAUUUAAUAUAUUUUAAAAUAUUCUGUAUGCAUAUGAAGUGUUAAGUGGCUAUAAUGCUGGGCUGACAUAACUGGAACCUGAGUGAAGCUACACUUCAAUUCCAUCCUCUUUUUAUAAUAGUAGUAAUAUUCAAAUAUAACCACUUCGGGAAAAUGUCUGUUGCGGUAGUUAGAAAAUAAAGCAAGAAGAAGGAAGCAAGUCUGGGGAACAAAAGAUAUUUUUUUCAAUGAAUAAUAACGCAACAAUAAUUUUCGCAACCGCCAUCGUUACCUGGCAGCAAUAAAUGUAAAAGAACUUGCGGACUGAAUACGGGGUUACCGGGGUUUCGGCUCGAAAAGCAGGAGUAGGAACGGGGUGGUUUUUCGUCAGUAAGACACUCCCUCUCGCCUCGACCAAGGUGGGAGAAGUAAUAGGAUGAUUUUCCCCCCUUAAAAAAAGCUGACGUUUUAGGUCAGCUCAGGUCCACCGUCAGCUUUAAAACUAGGCUUCAAAGGGAUUUUGAAGUGUAGCUCCACGCUUAGGUAAAGUUUGUAGUCAGUCAUGUCAUGUUUAAUUUUUAAGUACUUAUGUAAAAUAUUUUAAUUUCAUUCCAAAUAUUAUUUAUAAAAUUGAUAGAAAAAUGUUACUAUACCGUGAGGGUAAAUUGAUCGGCAGACUUGAUUGUUUCGAUAUCAGUACUAUUUAAGAUUAUAAUUAAUAUUUACAUUCUGUUUAAUAUACUAAUUUCUAAAGACAUUUGAAUAUUAUGCACAUAAGUUGAUAAUGUAUUUGCACGUUUUAAUUAUGAAUAUUUGCUUAUUGGCAGAAUCUAUAAAAUAUUGUAUUUAUAGAGGUAAAAUUGUUAAACACUGAAUUGUUAUAGCUGGACCAAAGUUGUUUCAUGUUGAUUGACGUAAGUUAACAGUGUAGUAGUUGUAUUCUAUCUUUUAUACUCUUCGUAUUUUCGUCUAUCCUUAUUUCUUUAGAUUUUUAUGUGCAUUCUAUAUGUCUAAACUUUGUGAGUCUUGUCUUGCUACUUUAUCCCAUUCAGAAUCGUCUAAUCUGCAGUAAAAUGGCUUAAAUGAUACGCAAAAACCAUUCGAAAAUACUCCUAGUUUACAUUUCUAUCUUAAACUUAUUUUUUGGUUUGUUAUUUGUUAUAAUCAAUCUACCAAUUUAUUACAGCUACAUAACAAAAUAGGUGCAUUGCUGUCAGCAACUAACUGCAAUUUGUUAACAGAGUUAGUAAUAUGUUGGUCUGAUUGGAACAUUUGCCAUUGUACAUGUUUCCGUAUGUAUUUAUUGCUGAUGCACUUUAAACAAUCAGUCUUUCUCUGUGUGAAUCUGAAGAUUAUUCAUAUCACACUAUUCACAUGCGAUUGAUUAGUGUACCUAAGAACAUAGUUUUGACUUUUGUAUCCACGGAUUUUUAUUCUUUAACCCGUGCGUGUAAUUCGAAUAUCAAUGUCGCUUAAUUUUGAAUCGCAAAAUCAGUACAAAUGUAAAGCAAAGGAAACAUGUUACAUAUUCCUCUCUAUCGGAGGGCGUCAUGGCGUCUCCGGUUCGCGGUCUAUAUCCUGUACCUAUUUAUAUUCUGGCUAAUUGAUUACCUACAUUAUCUCAUCCUCUCUUACGGUAAAUAAUUACUUUUAAAUAGCACGAGUAUUGAUCUAGGAAUUGUAGUUCUGGUAGCUAGAUUUUAGUGGAAAUAUAUAAUCAACGAAGGAUCAACAUUAAAAUUAUAAUCAGAAAUAGUGUUUUAUAUUGUAAAGGUGUAUAGAGUGAACGAGUCAAAAAUGUGAGUCGAUUCAUCCAGUAGGUAGUGUCUAGGAGACUCGAUGGUUAAUUUAUGAUACAGGAGUUCAUUAUGAUAUAAUAGCACACGCUUUAAAUUAGGAUGACGUAAUAUCGGAUUAUAUUAUAGAUUUUUUUAUAUACAAGUUUCUACUUAAUAUUUACUGCAAACUUUACAUUCCGUUUCUUAUCACAUCAUUACUAUCUUCUCUGCUCUUUUCCUUAAUAUCUUCGAAAAUGGUGCCCAAUGUAUGACACGGCAAUAAUAAUAUAGGAAGUAGGUAAUAGGAUAAUUAUCAGCAUCCUUUUGCAAUCUUAACAGUUUUAUAUCUAGAAAAGUAUAGAAAUCAAAAAUUUACUAGAAAUAUUAACGACUACUAAGAACUUAGUUGAAGCUUUUGUUCUGCUGUUUUCUCGAACAAACAUUUGACGAUUUCUUAAAAACAAAUUAAUUAGUAGAGUAAUUUUUUCUAGUCGUCCAUCUAUGAGAGUUACCUAAUUAAUAUUUACCUGGUUGCAUUACUAAUAGGGUAGUUGGAUAGAGGCGCCUCGUUUGAUCACGGUUGAUGUUUGCUCAGGGUGGGUCAGAGUUUGUUGAUAAUGUUGUAAGCAAUCUGACCUGUCUUGACGGAGGGCGAAUGUUGUAGUUGUAUUGUAUAUAAUUAUUGUUUUUUUUUUCAAUGUUAUGUAUACCGAGGUUGCGAAUGUUUGUUGACCAAUAGCAGUGUAGGUGUAAGCGUCUAUUUAAAAUCAGGACUAGAAUUUGCUUAAAUCUUCAUAAUACCGUAAAUAAUUAUUUAUGCUUAUAUGUUCCCAAUUAUGUAUUAAAUUGAUCUUGUUUGUAACACUUCUCACUAAGGCAUCACGAAAAUAAAAUAUGAAAAAUA